AUGUGGCUGCUGUGGUGUCGAUUUCACCUCACGUGUGUCCGAGUGGCCCGUGCUCCUCCCUGGAGAUUUCAGCGGCUGCUUUUUCACAAGCAGCUCCUCAGGCUUUCCUUUGCAGGCGCCUCUGGGGCGGCAAACCUCCAGCCUUGGGGUGCCCAGCAGAGCGCGGUGACCAUCUGCGCCACGUGGGACACCAUCAUCGCCUCCCGAAAGGCCCAUUCGGAAAACUUGCUGAGCGAACCACCCGUCUCUUCCUGCCUCUCCAGCCGCAUGCUGGGCGUGCUGGAAUUCCGCCAGGAAAACAGGUUCUGGCUUGGACUCCACUCCUCGCUGCACCAGCGGGCGGUGCUGAGGCUUUGGCGAGCCCUGUUCUGUGGGCAGCACAGCUCCAAGGAGGGGCAGAACAUCCCGAAGGACGGCCUGCAGCCCGUGGAACGACAAUUGCGCCUGUUCCGGAGGCUCCUGGGAGGUUUGUCCAUGCCGAGUGCCCAGGCAAGGCUCCCAGCAGAUGGAGUGUGGGGAACCGGGAUGCACUGCAGACUCGCGUCUCUGGGUGGUCUGCCUGACCCUGCACUCAGCCAGUGUGCUGGCCUGCCCGCCACGCCCUCGCCGUCACCGCUCGGCGGCCUGGCCUCCACGCCCUCGCCGUCACCGCUCGGUGGUCUGCCUGGUCCUAUGCUCAGCCAGACAAGUGAUCGCAAAGAGCCUGUGUUUGAGCCGCACGGCAGGCUCUGCGGCCAACGGCCCCCUCACAGCAGGACAGCUGACUCCCCAGCACCCCCCGAUGCUGCGCUGUGUCCAGCCCAUGCCUUUGCUGAGGCCCCAGGCCUCCCCUUGGUCCCCUUGGUGACACGGGUGUCUCUGCAGUCCUCCUGCCUCUGUGAUGUCUGCUCCGUGCCCAUCUCUGAGAUCAUCACCGUCGAAGAAGCCAACGUUAAUGGGAAACAUUGCCCCCGUGGAAAAUGGCAGAAAAUGGAAAAGCCUCAUGGUUUUACAGUGCACUGUGUGAAGCGAGCUCGGCGUCACCGCUGGAAGUGGGCCCAGGUGACUUUCUGGUGUCCUGAAGAGCAGCUGUGCACCCUGUGGCUGCAGACCCUCAGAGAGCUGCUCGGGAGGCUGAUGACGGAACAUGCCAAUCACGCCAAGGAGAGCUUAUACGAGAUGAACAUAGAUAAAUAUGAUGGCGUCGUCUGCGUCGGCGGGGACGGCAUGUUCAGCGAGGUCCUGCACGGCCUGAUCGGGAGGACGCAGCAGGAGGCAGGCGUGGACCAGAACCACCCGCGCGCGACCCUGGUCCCCAGCCCGCUCAGGAUCGGCAUCAUCCCCGCAGGGUCCACAGACUGUGUGUGUUACUCGACGGUUGGGACCAAUGAUGCAGAGACCUCAGCCCUGCACAUCGUCAUCGGAGACUCGCUGCCCAUGGACGUGUCCUCAGUGCACCACAAUGGCGCCCUGCUGCGGUACUCCGUGUCCCUGCUGGGCUACGGCUUCUAUGGGGACAUCAUAAAGGACAGUGAGAAGAAGCGGUGGAUGGGCCUUGUCAGAUAUGACUUCUCAGGUUUCAAGACCUUUCUCUCCCAUCACUACUAUGAAGGGACAGUCUCUUUUCUCCUCGCUCAGCACACGGUGGGCUCUCCACGGGACAGGAAGCCCUGCCGGGCCGGAUGCUUUGUUUGCAGGCAAAGCAAGCAGCAGCUGGACGAGGAGCAGAAAAAGUCACUGUACGGCUUGGAGAGUGCCGAGGAGGUGGAGGAGUGGAAGGUGGUCUGUGGGAAGUUCCUGGCCAUCAACGCCACCAACAUGUCCUGUGCCUGUCCCCGGAGCCCCAGGGGCCUCUCCACCCUCAGCAGCGGAUGGGGGCCCUCGGACCUCGAGGUCCUGUGUCUGACGCUGCUGGAGGCCGCCUGCCACCUGAGCGGCUGCCUCUUUGAUCAGGAUCCGAUUGGCAGGCGGAACGUGCGAGACCCCGAGAAGCCAGGCCGUCCCGGCGCUCACGGGUUUCUCCGCGCACGCGAUGCAUCUUCAGUCUCCUCAGCGUCUGUGCGCGCGCACCCUGGUGACGUCAGUGACGCUGCCCUCUCGUCGGGACAUGCCUCACGCAUCUCUGCGUCCGCACUGGAGCCCUACGGACGUGUGUUGUGGAGCGGACAGGCCCGUCCCAGCUGGGAGUUAGCCAGCGGGGUGUCCGGAUUUGUCCCGGGCCCACCUGGCUCGCAGCUCUCCUUGGCUCCCCAGGGCGCACACUGGCCCCUCAGGAAGGUAGUUGGUCGACUGCCACCCCAGAGAGGCCAGAGCGAAGCGGCCAGCCCAGGGAUGGCCCAGGGUUCGUCGAGGCUGCACUUCCAGCCCUGGCCAGGUGUGGGGCUCCCUGGGGCCGCAGGAGGAGGCGCCUGCGACGCUUCAGCUGUGGCCGUUUGUGUCCGCAGGGUCCACUGCCAGCUGGUCCGACUCUUUGCACGGGGGAUCGAGGAGAAUCCAAAGCAGGCCUCGCACGGCUGA